CCUCACUAAGCAACAUCACGGGAAGGCGAAGCAGCUGGUUUACAGGCUGCCGAGUUCAGAGAGGAAGAAGGGAACGAAAGACAAGGACAGCAUGUCGUACACGAAAUUUGUUUCGGCUCUUGUGAGGGUAAACUCAGGCAAUGUUAAGACUCUGCGCAUUUCACCGGGAAGAUGCCGCUCCACCGUCGCUUCCACCAAGAAGCGGGAGGAGAAAGAGCAGCAGAUGGACGGCUGCACCGUGGUAGAAGCUGCGCCGGCUGACCUCAUCAACCAGACCAAAAACUCCACUAAUACACACUUAAAAAAAAUCCACGUUGACUUCGACAACACCCAAGAAGCCUACAAAAGCAAGGGCAACAUUGAGUUGCUUAGAAGUCUGCUGGUGUUCAAACUUUGUACUAUUGACGUCCUCGUUGAAAAGAACAAAGAGUUGAUGGAGCUGAGCAAGAAGUUGUUUGGUCAGUGGAUGUUUGAGAAGAUGAUGAAGAUGACCUUCUACGGUCAGUUUGUGGCAGGAGAAGACCAUAACUCCAUCAAACCUUUAAUCCAGAAGAACCAGGCCUUUGGAGUGGGGGCAGUUUUGGACUAUAGCGUUGAAGAGGACUUGACACAAGAGGAGGCAGAGAUAAAAGAAAUGGACUCAUGUGUUUCUGAAGCAGAAAAAGAGAGUCCAGGUGCUGAUCAUCGUGAGAAAAAGUACAAGGCCCAUCGUCAGUUUGGGGACAGGAGAGGAGGAGUUAUAAGCGCUCGUACCUACUUCUAUGCAGAUGAGGCCAAAUGUGACAACCAAAUGGAGACAUUCAUUAACUGCAUCAAAGCCUCUGGGGGAGCCUCUGCAGAAGGUUUUUCUGCCAUCAAAAUGACUGCUCUUGGACGCCCUCAGUUUCUUCUCGAGUUUUCUGAAGUCCUGGUUAAAUGGAGACAUUUCUUUAACUUCCUUGCUGCACAACAGGGGAUCUCUGAUAUGAUGGUUGUGGAACAGAAACUGGAACUGGAACAACUUAAGGAAAGUCUGUCUAAGAUGGGUCUUGGAGCCAAGGACGAUAUUGAGAAUUGGUUUACUGGAGAGAAGCUGGGCUUGUCAGGGACGAUAGAUCUGCUGGACUGGAACAAUCUGAUAAACGAUACUACAAAAAUGUCCAACCUGCUAAUGGUACCAAACCUUGAGACAGGCCAGCUGGAACCCCUGUUGAACAAAUUUACAACUGAGGAGGAGAGGCAGAUGAAGAGGAUGCUUCAGAGAGUGGAUAUUCUGGCCAAGCAUGCCAUGGAGAAUGGGGUCAGGCUGAUGGUGGAUGCUGAGCAGACAUACUUCCAGCCAGCUAUCAGUCGAUUGGCGCUAGAGAUGCAGAGGAAGUUCAACAGAGAGAAGCCGAUCAUUUUCAACACUUACCAAUGUUACCUCAAGGAAGCCUAUGGUAAUGUAACUGUGGAUAUUGAGCUGUCACGUCGGGAGGGCUGGUACUUUGGUGCCAAACUGGUCCGUGGAGCCUACAUGUACCAAGAGAGAGACAGGGCCAAGGAGAUUGGCUACGAAGACCCAAUAAAUCCAGACUAUGAGGCUACUAACAGAAUGUAUCAUAAGUGCUUGGAGUAUGUGCUGGAGGAGAUCGAACACAACAGGAAGGCAAAUAUCAUGGUUGCAACUCACAAUGAGGACACAGUGAAAUAUACCCUAAAAAGUACGAUGAAUGAGAUGGGCCUCUCUCCCACUGAGAAUAAGGUUUACUUUGGACAGCUGCUCGGAAUGUGUGACCAGAUCAGCUUCCCGCUAGGUCAAGCAGGCUUCCCCGUCUACAAGUACGUUCCAUACGGCCCGGUCAACGAGGUCAUUCCAUAUCUGUCUCGCCGAGCUCAGGAGAACCGUGGUUUCAUGAAGGGUUCGCAGAGAGAGCGCAGUCUGCUAUGGAAGGAGCUGACACGCAGAGUGCUGGGAGGUCAGAUUUUCUACACGCCUGUUUACUGAGUCACAGCACCGCCGCAUGCAAACCACAGUGUAAGCAUUCCACAGUGUUGACUGUACCACUACCUGCUGACUGCUCCCUGUGGAGCACGAUUGAUGUCCUUCCUGGGCUUGUUAGUUUCUGAAUUUUAAAGACGGACACUUUGAGAAUGGUAUGUGUUGGGAUAGAGAUUUAUUUUAUUUGCAGUAUAUUUAAUAAGAUGUCUUUCAAACACUACCAUAAUAAUGCAUUGUGGAGAUACAAGUGUUACUUCGUUAAGAAGUGAUGAGUGAUUUUUGUCUCAAAAUCAGAAUUAAUUCAUUUACCUCAGAGAUUAUUAUCAUAAUAAAGCAUGGUAAUAUUCAGUGGAGACUCAAUGGGAUAUUUUUGGUUACCGAAGGUGCCUAACUUGUAUAUAAAAGCUGUCCUGUACUUUUUUAGAGUCAAGUUUGUAAAUUGGUAAAUGGACUUGAGCUUAUAUAGCGCUCCUCUAGUCUUCUGACUACUCAAUGCACUUUUACACUGCAUACCACACCUACCCAUUCACAUAGUGAUGGCAGAUGUUUUUAUGUAGUGAGUUCAUCAGAAGUUAAUAAUCCCAUUCAUACACAUUAAUAUGCAUUCAUACACCGACGAAGCAGCGGGAGCAAUGCUGGGUUAAGUGUCUUGCCCAAGGACACAUUGGACCUGUUGCUGCAGGAGCCAGGGAUGAAACCCGAGAGAUGACGACUCUACCAACUGAGGGGUAGCUGUCACUUAAAAAGUGCCUGAUGAUUAUUUCUCUUCAUUAGCUACUGUGCAAAUUCUACUCACUCCUAGAGGAUUGUAAAUUACUGUCACAUGUUUAUUGUUGAUAUUGUGUUUUAUUUGUUAGUUUACUGGAAUACAUAGCUCGCUGGUAAUAAUUCAGCUCAUGGAUUUUAAUUAUAGUAAAGAUAGUGAAGAUCUGCUGUAUUUGCAUUUUCUUGUAUUUUAGUCUUAAUCUACAAACAGAACAUGCAGCAUCUCAAACCAGAGGAUCCUUGCUUUUUAUCUCUAAUGGUGCCUUAGCGGAUUAUAUCCCGAAGGCAAAGAGAUGAUAAAAUAUAAAAUAACCAAAGAUCCGAUUCGUAGUCAUGUUCCGGAUUUCAUAUUUCUGUUAAUUAAAUAAAGACAAGAAAAGCAACAGAUGUUCAACGCACAAAGCCACCAAUAGUUCAUCCCAGCGUUCCAACGUUGAGGGUUACCGCUGUGACUUUUGAGGAAGAUUGCGCUCCAGUAUCCAGAGAAUACCUGCUCUGCUGCAUAGUCUGCUGCAGAGGAGAGAGAGUCUGCAAGUUCAAUGUGUUAUUGUAGAGGAGAUUUCAAUACACUCUGAGUCGGUGUCUGAGGCCCGGGUUUUGAUGCUGCUCAUAGAUGAGGGAUUAUAUCCAAGUGAAAGGGUCUUUGGCACCUGACAUGAACAGGGAACUAUGAAUCAAACUCAAACCUUUUUGUGGAGUUCAGGAAAAAGAAAGAUUAAGUUAUAUCUGUCUGCAUUUUGGUUUCAUGUCAAUGCUUUUAUUAAAGCCAUGAGAGUUGGGUACUGUCAUUAAAACACAACGUUAUUUAUGUUUCUUUUUGUAACAGUCUGAUACGGCUGAUAAGGCUUAACAUUGAUUUUAUUUAAACCGUAAUGAGUUAGUGUACUGUGAAGUUGUUAACUGGCACAUUUAGGAUAUUUGAGUAGACUUUUAGUUAAGUUUUUUCUGAGUGGACUUCCUUUUAUAUGAACAAUUCUUCUGUGAUUGGGUUGUUAUUGUAUCAGUGUAAACCACAUUUUGUACAGCUGUAAGGAAUAUGUAAUUAUUAAGACAAUAAAUUGCAAUAAAGGUUCAUAUAAAUCA